GGGAACCCAUGCGGAUGCGCCGCUGUGUGAAAUGGUGGCGUGAGAAUCUCCGCACAGCGGUUCGUACCUGAAGCAGGUUAGCUAACGUUUCUGAAACGGUCUGCGUUACGUGAAGCGGUUUGAGAGUCAUUCAGAGGGUAGAGGUCGGAAUUUACAUUCCAGCAAAGAGCCGGUGGGAUGGCGAAGAGGAUCGCUGAUAAAGAGCUAACGGACAGGAACUGGGAUCAGGAGGAGGAGGGAGAGGAGGCCGGGACGUUUUCAGUCGCAAGUGAAGAUGUGUUGAAGAACCGGGCGAUUAAGAAAGCCAAACGCAGAAAUAUUGGCGAGCCGGAGAGUGGCGGCACCUUUAAAAGUUUUAAAGGCUUUUCUUUGGCCACAUCAGCAGCGAGCGGAGCCACGACGGCGUUUUCUGGUUUUGGGAACGGUGGCGGCUUUAAAGGCCUCAGCGGUCUGACCAACGGAAACGGCAUCACGCCAUCGUUCGGAGGUUUCUCAUCCACUGCUGCACCCGGUCUGACAUUCAACGGCCCCGCCUCCGCCGCUGACAUCAGCGCCAAGCAGACCAAUGGCUCCGCCCCGAGCCCGACUCAAAGCCCGAGCUCCUGCAGCAGCGGCGGCAGUGUCGGCAACAAGGAGUACAGCCGGCAGCUCACCGCUCUGAACUGCUCCGUGCGGGACUGGAUCACCAAGCACGUGAACGGCAACCCUCUGUGCGAUCUCAACCCCAUCUUCAGGGAUUACGAGCGGCACCUGGCCAGCAUCGAGCGGCAGUAUGGCGCCGGGUCUGUUGACGGGGGCUCCGAGGAGAAGAAGCAGGGAGGGCUGCCCGCGGCCACCCCUCCUCCUCCUCCUCCGUCUUCUUCCUCCUCCAGCAGAAGCAGCCCGGCGGCUCCGGCUCCGGCCGCCGCUUUGUUCUCCUUCUGCAAAAAUGUGACAGAAGACCGGGACAAAAGCGCCGCCGACGCUCCGGCCAGCGCCGGCGUCUCGUUUAACUUCGGUCAGAAGGUGGACAGCUCGGUUCUCGGCUCCUUGGGGUCUAAAACUACUCCCCCCAGCUUCUCCUUCUCCUCCUCCGGCGCCUCCUCCACCCAUACCUCCCUGUUCGGAGCUCCUGGAUCUGCUGCGCCGCUGUCCUUCAGCGGGAAGAACGAGGACGCUAAGCCCGCAGACGAGAACAAAGACGAAGAGUCGGAGGAGCCGCCCAAACCCGAGGUCAAAGAGGUGAAAGAGGACGACGCCUUCUACUCGAAGAAGUACGUCUGCAGCGCGCGGAGCCACGACGGCGUUUUCUGGUUUUGGGAACGGUGCGGCUUUAAAGGCCUCAGCUCUGACCAACGGAAACGGCAUCACGCCAUCGUUCGAGGUUUCUCAUCCACUGCUGCACCCGGUCUGACAUUCAACGGCCCCGCCUCCGCCGCUGACAUCAGCGCCAAGCAGACCAAUGGCUCCGCCCCGAGCCCGACUCAAAGCCCGAGCUCCUGCAGCAGCGGCGGCAGUGUCGGCAACAAGGAGUACAGCCGGCAGCUCACCGCUCUGAACUGCUCCGUGCGGGACUGGAUCACCAAGCACGUGAACGGCAACCCUCUGUGCGAUCUCAACCCCAUCUUCAGGGAUUACGAGCGGCACCUGGCCAGCAUCGAGCGGCAGUAUGGCGCCGGGUCUGUUGACGGGGGCUCCGAGGAGAAGAAGCAGGGAGGGAUGCUGCCGUCCGCGGCCACCCCUCCUCCUCCUCCUCCCGUCUCAUCUUCCUCCUCCAGCAGAAGCAGCCCGGCGGCUCCGGCUCCGGCCGCCGCUUUGUUCUCCUUCUGCAAAAAUGUGACAGAAGACCGGGACAAAAGCGCCGCCGACGCUCCGGCCAGCGCCGGCGUCUCGUUUAACUUCGGUCAGAAGGUGGACAGCUCGGUUCUCGGCUCCUUGGGGUCUAAAACUACUCCCCCCAGCUUCUCCUUCUCCUCCUCCGGCGCCUCCUCCACCCAUACCUCCCUGUUCGGAGCUCCUGGAUCUGCUGCGCCGCUGUCCUUCAGCGGGAAGAACGAGGACGCUAAGCCCGCAGACGAGAACAAAGACGAAGAGUCGGAGGAGCCGCCCAAACCCGAGGUCAAAGAGGUGAAAGAGGACGACGCCUUCUACUCGAAGAAGUGUAAACUGUUCUACAAGAAGGACUCAGAGUUCAAAGAGAAAGGCGUGGGAACUCUGCACCUCAAGGAGAUCGAGGAGGGAAAAACUCAGAUGGUCAUUCGCGCCGACACCAACCUGGGAAACAUCCUGCUGAACAUCAUCGUGCAGGCCUCCAUGCCGUGCUCCCGGGUCGGGAAGAACAACGUGAUGGUGGUGUGCGUCCCCAACCCGCCCGUCGACGACAAGAACGCCAGCAGCCCCGUCCCCCUCCUCAUCCGGGUCAAGACCGCCGAGGACGCCGACGAGCUCCACAAGACCCUGGAGGAGAAGAAAGGCUGAACCCCCCCGCCCCCCCUGAGCUUUUAGCAGACCUCACCCGGUCUUCCUCGGACCCUCCAGACCCCGUCGACCUCAUCACGCCGGUUUUAUCCACACACAUACUCACACACACUCACACACAUUUGUACUUUAAGUCCUGGUGAUCCACGUCCCCCCUCAGUCUCCCACAAUAAAUUGGUCGUCAUACUGUGAAAUAUUUGCGUUUAUUUUUAAUCACAAACGUCAGAAGCAGGUCGCCGCCGGCGCCAUCGCUCUCCGGAUCGGCUACAUUCCUCCUGGCUGGACGCUGCUGUUUUUAUCAGAAGCAGAUCGAUGUAUUUAAUCAGUCUGUGUUUCAUUUUACUGUUUUAAUUUGGUGGCGAGUGACUGAAAGUGUUAUAGUGCGAUCUUUACCACAGAGUUAUUUUGGGGUGGGGCUCCAAAUAAAGGUCCAGGAUUUGGUUUUACAAAUUAAGUACUCGCAGUAACAGUUAACGUUUUAAAUGAUGAACGUGGCGAGGAUUUAGUGCGUCUGCCGAGUGUUUUUUUUGCUCUGGGAACUAUUUAUUGUGUCGGCAGGAUUUGAACUCGCUGACCGAACGUCGUGUGACCGUUUCCCCUGAAGAGCUUCUGGAAACGGUGUGUGGAAGGGAAGUGUUUUUAUUUUCUGUAAACAUGGACUCUGUUGUUGACACAAGUGUCCUUUGUGUAGCCUUCGGUUCGGCCUUCGAGAUGAGGCAUGCUGUCAUCGUCUGAGAACAUUUGUAAAGACAUUUAUUGGGGAAUAAAAAGGAAACAAACCUUCUC